CUUCACCGUCAUCAGCGCUAUAUGUAUAUACACGCAUUGCAUACAAAAAAUAAAACCCCAUUACCCAAAAGCAGAACCAACAGACCUAAUCCACAAGCCAAACUCGAUCAGCCUACCCUAGAAUUUGCCGGAAAAUGUCAGCGGUAGUUUGCGGAAGCAAGAGAUCCUUUUUUCUGGAGGACCUUCCCUCGCCUUCCGUUCCCAAAAGGCUGCGCUGCAGUUCCUCUUCUACUUCCCCUGUUCGCUUCUCUCCUCCCUCGCCUCUCCAUCAGCUCAAAGUUCUUUUCCCGCACCUCGAUUCUCUGCUUCUUGAGGGGGCACUGGAAGAAUCUUGUAAUGAUUUGGACUCUGCCAUCAAGAGCCUGAAUGAGCACUGUUUAGAAUCUGCUGAGCAUAAUUCAGGUUCUGCUGAAGAAGCUAGCAUAAAUGUGGAGCAAGGUACACUGCCCAAUGAUGGAGAUGCUAUUGCUUCUGACAAUAAAUCAAUGCCAAGCAACCUUCCUGUGAAUGGUGCAGAGUGGGUGGACUUGUUUGUAAGGGAAAUGAUGAGUGCUACAAGUGUUGAUGAUGCCAGAGCCCGUGCCUCAAGAGUGCUGGAGAUUUUGGAGAGGUCUAUCAGUAAGCAUGCUGCUGAAGAUACAGAACAGAGUGUACAGAAGGAAAACUUGAUGCUAAAAGAGCAUAUCGAAGUGCUGAUGCAAGAGAACUCCAUCCUAAAGAGAGCUGUGGCUAUCCAGCAUGAACGUCAGAAAGAGUUUGAGGAUAAACAUCGAGAAUUGCAGCAGUUGGCAUCACAAUAUCAACAACAGUUGAAAACUCUUGAGGUGAAUAACUAUGCAUUGAUGAUGCAUUUGAGACAGGCCCAGCAAAGCAGCCCCAUCCCAGGACGUUUCCAUCCUGAUGUCUUUUAGUAAAAGAUAUAAACCGAAACAUGAUAUGUCUACCAAAUACGUGCUUUGUUUCAACUGCAUUCUGAGUUGAGUUUGCCAUAGGUUGUGAUUGUUAAGCAAGUAAAGGUUGCCAUAUAUGUUUCCCAAUUCAAUGGAUAUGGAGGGCACUAGCCUAGUAUGGCAUUUUACAAAGAAAGGCAAAAAAAAAUUAAUUGGUUUUUCUCAAA